UAAACCUUGAAGAAAGGGUGGCAUAGCCGCCAGAGCUUCUGUAGUCUUCUUCAAUGUCUGCUUCCUCAUUUCUAUCUAGGUUAUCUCCUACCCUUCGAUCUGCAUCAUCAAAGCUCAACAAAUGUCAUUCCUUUUCUGAAUCGCCCAUUCUCAACUCAAUCUCACAAUCAUCCGCUUCUCUCAGACGUAUUCCUCGCUCCUCAAGAAUUCCUGUGGAGUUGAGCUGCUUAAUGACGAUGUUGCCACUGCACAGUGCGAUAGCUUCUGCUCGAUUACAGUCGAUGUUGUCUUUAGAGUCUCAGUGUUGGGGUUUAGUUCCACAAGGUAUCUCUAUGCCUUUAUGACAGCCAAAUAUGCAGCUGAGUAAUCUUAUGGUUGACGAAAAAGAUAACAGUAUUAACUUUGGGACAGAAUAAGCGAUGUUCACGAAAGUUUUUAUGAUUUUCGACUUGAUUUUGUAUCUUGUUUGGCCUAGUUGAAUCUUUAAUGGUUUUUCAUGUUGUCUCUUGUUUGUGGUGAUUGAUGGAGAAUUUGUUUUUAUUU